UAUCUCUAUUUUGGUUCGAGCAGAUUGACCAAAAUGCUAAUAAAAAUUAUGCUAAUGAGUUAGAAAAGACUAAAAUUAUGCUUUAAUGACUUGAUUGUCUUUUGACUAAAAUACCCAGACUUUUAGUCAACUAAAACUUUAUUAAAAAAUACUAUACAGUGGACUAAAUAUGACAAAAACUAACACGGACAUUUGACACGGGACUAAGACUAAAUUUUAAAAUGGCUGCCACAAAACAACCUGCCAUUCCAGAUCAGAACCGCCCGACUCUUUAACGCUUUAAAUCACUGUUAAAACACAUCUCUUUGCUUCCUAUUUUCCUUCGACUUAAUUACUUUUAACCUGUAAAGCAGCUCGGUGAACCUUGGUUGUUUUAAGUGUGGAUUUAAUUUGUUAAAAUGCGUGUGCAGCUUUGGUUUGUGGGAGAUUCUUCUAACACGUAGGUACUGUAGCAGAGAGCCUUCAGUGUUGCAGCCCCGUGAGGCUUCCUCCCUCCACAUGUUUUAAUGAAACUCCUCAAACGCCAUCUGUUCACCACAGCAGGAGUGUUUCUGAAAACAUUUAUUGUCGUGUCGUGUGAAGUCUAAUCUGUGUCCUUGGGUUUCAUGAAAAGCGCUAUAUACAUUUAAAGUAAAAUAAAAAAUAUGUUAUGUCCUUUUUUUUUCUGUUUCUCUUUUCAUUUUGUCCUUAUAGAGGCACUUUAUAAACAUCAUUUAUCAUUAAAUAUUCACCUCAUCAAAUAAAUAUAUGUGAACGUGCAGAUUUGUGUGUGUUUGAACUCUUCGCACACUCAGAUCUGCUCACCAGAAACCCAGAACCCCCCCCCCCCCCACCACCACCCUGCUAGGCUUUUAUUUUGAAAGCUUAGACAGGCACUGCCUUAAACUUCAGUCAGCUUCACAGUGGUGGAGGAUGGAGAGGAAAGAAGCUACUGUACUGCAAGAGCUUCCUCCUGCACACACACACACAUUAACACACACAUUCACUGUUAAAGCACCCCUCCCUUUCCUUUCAACUCUUGCAGUGAAGCAGAUCGAGCUGCUGCAGCGACAUCCCACCACUCUGCACCUCCAGGAACCAACACAGCAAUACUAAAUAACCAACAGCAGGGACCGGCUGAAGAACUAUUUCACCAUUGUUUUUAAGAUCUGUUCCAGUCUGAAUCCUGCAUCUGAUUUAUCAUUUUAUAUUUUUCAGUACUCGUGCUCCGUCUCUCAUCAGUGGAUUGUACCUCCUGCGUUCCCUGUAGAGACACGAUGAACAUCAGCCUGCAGCUCCCAGUAGACUAGGACCAGACAGCGCUCAUCCUUCAGCUUUUCUUCAAACACUUUACUUUGUCUUCACCGUCUGAUGGCCACCAGUCCCAGCGCCGCCCAGCCGUCCAGUAGCAUGGAAGAGUCCCACCAGCCACAACAGCCAAUCAACACGCAGCAGGACGGAGAAGUCGGCCAAGCCGCCGUGACUUCUCAGCCGGUCAGCGCAGAGCAACAAGCUCCGCCCCAGACGACACACGCUCCUGAUGCCAAACACACAGAGGCGGGCAAAGACCUGGACCACCUGACAGUGAUCAGUGACAUGGAGAACAGUAACGGCGUAGGCCCUGUGAGGGUCGACUCAUCUCCCACAGUGUCCUCUGUGUCGCCCAAGCUAUAUGCUAAACCAGGCAGUCAUGCUAACGGUCGGCCUGGUUUGGGCAGCCGGUCUGGCUCUUUAGCGGCGGGCUCACCGAGGCCCUCGCUCACCCGCCAGCCCAGCGCAAUCACUGAGGCCACUGUGGACGGGUCCAAACCGAGGGACUACCUGAUCCUGGCCAUCCUGUCCUGCUUCUGCCCACUGUGGCCCAUCAACAUCGUAGCCCUCACCUUCUCCGUGAUGUCCCGAAACAGUCUGCAGCAAGGUAACAUCGACGGGGCUCGCCGUUUGGGCCGCAAUGCCAUGAUUCUGUCCGUCGUCUCCAUCUUAGGAGGGAUCGCCAUCAUCGCCGCUGCGAUCGCCCUCAACUGGGGAUUGAUAUUAAAAUCCUGAUUUAAAAUCAGCUGGAAUGGCAAAAUCGAAUUCCCGACGACAACAUCCGACCGUCACGACACCGUUUCCCUCUACGAUUUUUCCUGAAGCACUACCGUUCUCAAGCGCCUGCACCGGAUGAAAAACAAAUAGAUAUUUGUUCCUGUACUUUGCUGUUGUUUUUUGCUGCACGACGAGCAUGGUCUGCCUGACCCUCUACCUCCGACACGGCCGACGAAAGCCAACCACCCCCGCUCCCGCCACCGACACUCGAUUUGGAUGUGGAACGGGAGGAAAAGGGACGGAUCACCGGACGCUCAUUUCAGUCUGCUCCACAGACCACUUUCCUCUCAUCCGCGAACAAGUGUGUCUGUUGUCAUGGAAACGGACAUCUGUCUCUACGGAAACGGGAUUAUUCUGAUCUCUAAAUGAGUUCGGCUCCAUGACACAGGGUCCAGUACUGGUGGCAAACAAAAAAUUUGAAUCUUGGUGUUUUAGCUGAACUGAAGCUUGGGGAGACGCUGCUGCUGUGAUGGUUCAACGUGAACUGAAGACGACGAACUCGAGUUUUGUACUGUGAAGUGGUGACACACACACACACACACACACACAAAGCUGGACACACCUGUUGCAUUGUGGUCAUAGAGAGCUGAUAUCACAUCUCACUUUGCUGCUGUUCCACUCCACCUCUGGGACUCAAAACAUCCUCUCCUUGAGGUUUUCUGUCAUCGAUCUUCCUGAAAAAGUGCAUCUGUGUUUGAAUAUAUUUAUUACUACAUAUUCUAAUAUACAGUAAAUGACAGACCUUCACAUUAGAAACUCUCACCUCGGUGAGUAAAAUUAAGUUUAGUGAUAAAGCUGAUGAUUUUCUAAAUUCUGUCAACAAAUCUUCAUGUGCAGAGCCAAACCACGUCCCUCAGAACUGUUUGACUUCCUGUUUGUGGCUCUCGUGCAUUGCUCCGAGCGCAUUGGUUCCUCCUGAAGACGUAAAUCUUUAAAAACACCUUAAAAAUAUAUAGUUUCAUGUUUAAUAAAUGCUCAGUAAUUUCUGCUCACGAUCAAACAAACAGGAGGAAAUAGUGCAUUUGUUGGGGACUAUUUCCAGCGGCGGAUGAAUCCUACUUCUGGUGCUCUAGUAUUUCUAGUAUCUUGUGUUUGGGGCAGCAGAAUUUGGUCUGUGGGACUGAGUCUGCACAUGAAAUUUGUUGACAAUCUAGAAUAUCACCACAUUUAUUCAUCAAACAGCGGUUCAUGUGUUUGCAUUCAUAAAACUAUUCCAGCAUGUACUAAUAUUGUCUCUUCCAUAGCCAUGCUAUCCACCAACGUCCUCUCCAAGAAAUACGUGCAGCUGCAUCCAUCUCAGCUCAGUCUGUGGCCAUUUUGUCUGUUUCUAUUUUUCAUUCAUCGGUAGCUAGCUAGGAUGGCGUCCCCUUUCUUAGGCGCCCCCCAGCAGGGAAACAGCUACUUCCUGUCCAGCCUCUGUUCCACCAGCUUCUGUCCAGCUUCUCCUCUCAUUCUGCAUUUCUUUCUUGUGAAGUGAAGCGGUUUUAAUAAGUUCUUUGAUGCUUUUAAAAGGGGUUUCUCAUCAUUAUCGACAGCUGAGCCUGGCUUGUAAAUGGGGUCGGCCGGGUUGUGUGGGCGGGAACUUGAUACCGCGGCUCCACCCCUGUCAAGACCACUUGGUGUCAGUUUGUAACACACUGGGACCCCCCCCCCCCCGACUCGUGUGAAACAAAUAAUAGUUUUGUUACGUAAGUUAUGUUACUUAACUUACAUCCAGUUGCUGGAAAAAGUAUGUGAACCCUUUAAAAUUACCUGAAUUUGUGCAGAAAUUGGUCAUAAAAUGUGAUCUUAUCAUCAUCUUAACAAUUGACAAUGUCAAUAUUGUAGCCCCUCCAAAAUUUCACUAAUAAUGUUUUCAGAGGAGCUCCCAUCUUAUUAAGAGGAGCCCUGCUGCCCCUGGCAACAGGAAAUAACGUUUUAACUAUAUUACUCACAAAACAAACUGGAACAUUAAAGGAGACCAAUAAUCUGUAUUUCCAGUCCUAUAUUGUAGUUCUGUGACUCCUAUUUGGCAGCUUUGCAUGAUUCAUAGUUCAAAAAAAAUUAUUUUCUGUCUUAUACUGAUUCUUCAUGCAGGCCUUCAUUUCAGCCU